AUGGCGGAACCAGGGGCCUUCGACGAGGUCGAUGACAUCCAUUUGGUCUUUGGAGCCGACCUCCAGCCCCGCGUGACGCUACAGGAGAGGGAACGGAUCCCGCCCGCCUUCCAGGACAUCGCCUUUGAGCCAGACCCUCCUGAGGUCUUGCUGCAACAAAUCAAACAUGACUACCUCACUUGGAGGCUGGAUGGCCCCUCUGCUGAUGUCAACAAACAUGGCGAGGUCUUCUUUGGACAGGACAUCAUAGCAGACCCCUGGAGCACACCCCUUCCAAUAUCCAGCCGCGUGCAGGCGAUCCCUCCUGACGAUUCUGGAUUUGUGGGCUUUGAGGAGAUAGAGAUUGAAGAUGACUUGCUGUCGAUGGAUGCACAUGCCCUGGAAUCGACCAAGGUGGGGCUUGGGCUUGAAAUAGUUGGUAAUGAUGCUGAACCAGCCACUGCAGCAUCAACAAUAUCUGUUGAGGAGGCCAGAGGAUGGCUACAGGGACUCAGUUCAGGCGCACCCUUGAAGGCGCUCGCCCCUGGUAUGCAACACGGGCUGUUGGGAGCGUGGGCACAAGAAGAUAGGCAAUUGCAUGCUGAAGAAGGGCUUGCAGACACAACACAGACAGAUCGGGGUGGCACAGCGACUAGCAUUUCUGAAGUGCAGCAGCUGAAAGAGACCCCAAAACUCAAUUACUCUGACAUCUUGGAUGGACUCUGGCUUGUGGAUGAUGACCAGGAUGGCCAUCACAGUGAUGAAGAUGGUGGGCAAGAAGCUGGUGGCCCAAGGAGCGCCCUUUCACAAGUGGACGAAUUCAUGGAUUCAAGCCUGGAAGGUGCAAGUUCCACAUCCCCUGGAGAUGUUGCAAGCGAUGGUUUGGGAGAUAUCUUGAAGCUUCCUACCACAAUCAAAAAGAUCAUCCUGCCUAAGACUACAAAGAGAUUUGAGGCCAAGCAGCAUGACUGGGCUCAAUGGCAUGGGAUACCUGAUGUUGACAGGUCGUUCAACAACAUCAGGGACAACCUGGCACUGGAUUUCCCAUUCAAGCUCGAUAGAUUCCAGAAAGAAGGCAUCUGCUGCCUGGAAACGGGACAGUCCGUUUUUGUUGCGGCCCACACGUCCGCUGGAAAGACCGUCGUGGCUGAGUAUGCGUUCGCUCUGGCUAUGAAGCACCACACAAGGGCUGUGUAUACCUCCCCUAUCAAGACAAUCAGCAAUCAGAAGUUCAGAGACUUCAGCUCUAAGUUUGAUGUGGGAAUCAUGACUGGUGACGUGCAGAUCAAGCCCGAUGCAUCCUGCCUGAUCGUCACCACAGAGAUAUUGCGCUCCAUGCUGUACAAGGGUGCCGACCUUGUUCGUGACAUGGAGUAUGUCAUAUUUGACGAGGUGCACUAUGUGAAUGAUGCCGAGCGUGGAGUUGUUUGGGAGGAGACUAUCAUCAUGCUACCACCGCACUGCACCAUUGUGCUGCUGUCUGCCACGGUGCCUAAUGUGAUGGAAUUUGCAGACUGGGUUGGCCGGACGAAGCAGAAAAUCAUCAAUGUAACAGGGACUUUUGUUCGACCAGUUCCUCUGGAGCACUUUCUGUACUUCAACUCCAAGAUGUUCAAGAUCUGUUCUGCAAAGGGAAUCCGAAUGGAAGGCCUAAAAGAGGCGGUUGGAGAGCUGAAAAGGCAGAAUGCAGCAAGCAGCAAGGAUGGACAGGCAGGGGAUGGUGGUGGCCGAGGGAGGGGUGCAAACACACAGGCAGCGAGAAGGGGCAGAGGCCAAGGAAGGGGUUCUGCACCUAUGAGGGGUCGCAGCCAAGGCUACUCGGCGGGUGGAAGAGGCCCGAACAAAGGCGGGCCAACAGAGAAAGCUCAGAUAAAGACCCUGAUCCACGACCUCAUGAAGAAGGAGCUUCUGCCAGUUGUGUUCUUCUGCUUCUCAAAGAAACGGUGCGAUGAGUGCACCGACAGGCUGGGCAGCUUGGAUUUCACAACAGCCCAAGAGAAGCACGCAAUUCACCAGUUUUGCGAGAAAUCUCUGAGUAGACUGAGCGAUACUGACAGGAAGCUGCCCCAGCUGAGGCGUAUCAAGGAUCUGCUGAAGCGUGGCCUGGCUGUCCAUCAUGCUGGGAUGUUGCCCAUCGUGAAGGAAAUCGUGGAGAUGCUUUUCUGCGAUGGCAUGGUUAAGGUCCUGUUCGCCACUGAGACGUUUGCAAUGGGGGUCAAUGCUCCUGCGCGGACAGUGGUAUUUCAUUCCCUCAGGAAACAUGAUGGGCGGAGUUUCAGGACGCUGCUAUCUGGGGAAUACACACAGAUGGCUGGGCGGGCUGGGCGCCGCGGCCUGGACGAUGUCGGCACCGUCAUCAUAGCCUGCUGGGAGGACCUGCCUGAGGAGUCGGAUGUCAGGGAACUCCUGCAGGGCAGGGGGGUCCACUUGUCGAGCCAGUUCAGGCUCACGUACAGCAUGAUACUGAACCUGAUGCGCGUGGAAGAUCUGAAGGUGGAAGAUAUGCUGAAGAGGAGUUUUGCCGAGUUCCAUGCUCAGAAGGGCCAACCAGGGCUUCUGGCCCAGGUGGACAGAGCCGAGCGCAAGCUGAAGUUGAUGCGCAGCAGCCCCUGGCCGGAUUGCUACAAGGGAUGCAGCAGAGAGGUGGUGGAGAAGUAUUGCGAGCUUCUGCAGUGCAUCGAAGAUGUGAACAGGGAGUUGAUGCCCCUUCUGCUGCAAGCACGCAAGAUGCAAGAGACAUUGACACCUGGACGCAUCAUUCUGUUUUCUGACUCCAAAUCGAGCUUGAUUGAGAUUGGGGUCAUUUGUGGCUCUCCCGACUUCAGCGGCGCUCCUCGAAGCCGCUCCAAAGCCAUUGUAACUGGCAGCUCCACACCCUCCUCUCUGGCCAAGAAUUUGUACGUCUUGUCACUGCGCCAUGAGGGGCCCUGGGACUCUGCGACAUCUUCAUCCAAGAAGAAGACCACCAAGAAACCUGCUGCGACAUCGGGAUCAGCAUUUGAUGGCAUGGUGCUAAAGUUAGCGCCAAUAGGAAAGGGCCAUGCUGAUGUGCCAUUUGAGCCUCAAACAGGGGAGGUGGGCGGUGCUGCUUAUGCGGUUUCUGAAAUCGAGGUGGAGACAAUUGUUGCUAUCCUGCCAGAAAAGCUGCAAUUCGAUGCAGAGAAUAUCCUGCAGGCAAGGGCGGACAACCAAAAUGUGCACAGUCUUGUGAAGAAGAUGGUGGCGAUGCAGGAACAGUGGACAUCCGGCCAGCCUGCUGACAUAAGUCCUAAGCUGGCCCCCGGCGCGGUGGAGGUUCCCGCACUGUUGGUUCGGAGACAGCGACUCCUUGAUGAAGUGCUCAGCCUUCCUCCCCACCAGUGCACUUGUCUGUCCACAAAAUACGCUUCUGUCCGCACGGAACAAAGCCUGGUUGCAAGGCUCAGGCUUCUGAGGCACAAACUUUCGGACGACACACUGCAGCAGAUGCCAGACUUCGAGCAGAGGGUGGAAGUGCUCCAGCGGCUUUCGUACCUUGACAAGAGCACCGCCGUCCAGCUGAAGGGCCGCGUGGCGUGUGAGAUCAACUCCGCCCACGAGCUGGUGGCCACAGAAAUGAUAUUCACUGGACUGUUGUCGGAGCUGCGGCCAGAAGAGGCCGUCGCAGUCCUGUCUGCUUUCGUCUUCCAGGACAAGAGCCAGAACGAGCCGCAUCUGACGGACUCCUUGCAGGAGGCCCGCGACAACCUGUCGCAGCUGGCGUACACGUUCGCAGUGCUGCAGAGCGACUGCGGGCUGCCCUUGGACCCAACCGCCUUCUGCAAGGAGGUCCUGAACUUCGGGCUGGUGGAGGUCGUGUACGAGUGGGCCCGGGGGACGCCCUUCCACGAGAUCUGCGGCCUCACGGACAUCAUGGAGGGCUCCAUCGUCAGGACCAUCGUCAGGCUGGAGCAGACCUGCAGGGAGCUGCGGGACGCGGCGCGCGUCAUGGGCAACACGAGCCUGUUCCAGCAGAUGCAGGACGCGUCGGCUCUCAUUAAGCGUGACGUCAUCUUUGCCGCGAGCUUGUACGUUUCGUGA